AUGCCUCUCAAAGUCGUGGUCGUCGGGGCCGAGCUCGCGGGCCUCGGGGCCGCCAUUGCUCUUUUCCUGAACGAGGUUGGCGCCGCCAUUCACGUGGCGCCGAACGCCACCCGGAUCCUGCGCGACUGGGGCUGCAACUUUGACAACCUGCAGGCCUGGGACUCGGAUGGGAAUCUUGUGUAUACUCCGGUCACCCUGCUCGCCCCAAUCGCAGCAUCAGCGAUCGACAUCAAGCCCACCAACCAGGGUCCGGGCUUCUUCUACAACACCGUCAGCAUGAUGAUGCCCAUUCUGAUGCAGUUCUUCACCAUGGCCGUGAACGGCAUCUCCACCGAGUUUGCCGCCUUCACCUCCACCUUGUCCGUGACCCGCCACACCCUCUUCCGGGCGUGCCUCUCGCUGUGCUACACCUUCCUCGGCGCCCUCGCCAUGCCCGGCUACAUCUGGGCCUUCCGCGAGGACUGGACCACCAGCGACGGCAACGCCUGCGGCCGCACCUGGAUGGCCCUCUGGCUCGUCAUGCACGUGAAUUGCCUGUGGCUGGACGCGACCACCGUCGUUGUGCCCCCCAAGUUCAUGUCCUUCGUCAUGCUCACCUGGAUUAUCCUGAAUGUGUCCAGCUCCAUCGGCCCCUUCGAUCUCUCGUCCGGCUUGUAUCGCUGGGGCAACGCCCUCCCUGCCUACGAGCUGUCCCAGAUCCUGCUAUACAUCUGGACAGACGGGUGCAAUCGGCCUGCGCUGCAUCAGUCCCUGUCCAUUCUGUUCUCGUGGUGGGUCGUUGGGUGGGCAGUGUUUGUGGUGGGAAUGCGGGCCAGGGUGCGGGCGCGGCGCGGGAUGGCUGGAGGGCCAGCGGCGCGCGAGGCGGAGGAAGUGGAGGGGGUGGUGAAGAUGUAA